AUGGUGUCCCGCUGGGCCGACGACGAAAAUGAUGCUGCCCUGGAAGCACAACGCAGACAGGAAAAGGAGGAAAAGAAACGCGCAAAGGCCGAAAAGCAACGCAAGCAAGAAGAAGCCGACCGCCUACGACAACAACAGCAACAACAACAAGCGACGGCAGAAUCAGAUGAUAGACCCUCAAAACGAAGAAGACUCUCACCAACACAAGAUCUCGAUCAACCCCGUCAACUCGUCCGCUUCCACACCCCGUCAUGGCAACCCGCACGCACAAUCGACAGCUUCGAACGAUUGAACCACAUUGAAGAAGGAAGCUAUGGUUUCGUCUCGCGAGCGAGAGAAUUGGCGACUGGAGAAAUCGUCGCAAUCAAAAAGAUGAAGAUGGAGCCUGGCGCUGCACAGAAUGGCUUUCCUGUCACAGCUUUGCGCGAAAUACAAACUUUGUCUGCUGCCAAACACCGUCAUAUCGUCGACCUACGCGAAGUCGUGGUCGGUGAGAAGGGCAAAGUGGACGACAUAUUCCUGGUCAUGGACUUUUUGGAACACGAUCUCAAGACAUUGAUGGACAAUAUGGAGGAGCCUUUUCUUCCCAGCGAAGUCAAGACAUUGAUGCUGCAACUCGGGAGUGCUACUGACUUCUUGCACGAUAGAUGGAUUCUCCAUCGCGAUCUCAAGACGUCAAACAUUUUGAUGAACAACCGCGGCGAGAUCAAAAUCGCAGACUUCGGUAUGGCUCGUUUCUGCGGCGAUCCACCUCCAAAGAACCUCACACAACUCGUCGUGACACUCUGGUAUCGAGCACCGGAACUCUUGCUAGGGACCACGACAUAUGAUAGCAGUGUGGAUAUGUGGAGUGUUGGCUGUAUCUUUGGCGAACUUCUCACAAAUAUACCGCUUCUUCAGGGCAAGAACGAAGUUGAUGAGCUCAGCAAGAUCUUUGAGCUUUGCGGUGUUCCUACUGAUGCAUCAUGGCCUGGCUUCAAACGCUUGCCCAAUGCUCGCUCAUUACGACUGCCACGAAACGCUCAAACGACAGGCUCGGUAAUACGUUCGAAGUUUCCCUUCCUCACGAAAGCAGGCACAGAUUUGCUCUCAGCCUUGUUGUCCUUGAAUCCCGCGAGUCGACCGACAGCGAAGGAUUUGUUGGCACAUGAUUAUUUUACUGAGGAUCCAAGGCCAAAGAGCACGGCUAUGUUCCCGACAUUCCCUAGUAAGGCGGGUCAAGAGAGGAGACGUAAGCAUAGGACGCCGAACGCACCUAUGCGUGGUGAAGGAGGUGCUGCGGCUGCGGACUUCAGCGGGCUGUUUGCUGGGAGGGAUGAUGAGGAGAUUGGUGGUGGUUUCCAACUGAAGUUAGUGUAA